CUUUUCCUGUCCAACGGAACAUAACUUCCGGUGUAUUUCACUGUGCGCUAGUUUGUUGGAAGAAAGGCCGACACAGCAAACAAAUAUGCAGUCCCCUCUUGUGAAUAUCGCUUUGUUGUCCUCUUAUGUUUUAUUUUCUCUGACUCAUAUUCAGAAGGUUGCAGCUGAGGCGAAUGCGAGAGGGUUCGGAGACAACAUCCACUGGAGGAGUCUGGACGAUGGGAAGAAGGAGGCAGAGGCCAGUGGACUGCCACUCAUGGUCAUCGUCCACAAGACCUGGUGUGGAGCCUGCAAAGCUCUGAAGCCCAAGUUCGCUGAGUCCAAGGAGAUCUCUGAGCUGGCUCACAACUUUGUCAUGGUCAACCUGGAGGAUGAGGAGGAACCUAAAGAUGAGGCCUACAGUCCUGAUGGUGGAUACAUCCCCAGGAUACUGUUCCUAGACCCCAGUGGUAAAGUCCACCCUGAGAUCACCAACAAAGACGGAAACCCCAACUACAAGUACUUUUACAGCAACGCAGACCAAGUUGUGUCUGCUAUGAAGAAGGCCCAGGAGAAGCUGACAGGAGAUGCCUUCAGGACCCACAUUGAAGACGAGCUGUAAGGUGGUAGAAGGUGGGGGGAGAAGGCUGCAAGGUUCUAGGAGGGGGGGGGGGGGAGAAG